UUUUUUUAUCGUCACUGCUCACUGCCAGUGGUCACGCACACACACUCCUUCUCAAUUCUCUCUUCUCUUCUCUUCUCUUAAAACACAAUGGAGGACCUUCUUCUUUCUCUCUCUCUUCUCUCCAUCGCAUAGGACUUCCCUCAUCCAACAUGGCUAAUCACCACCACCAUCAUCAUGCGCACGACACCAACCUCAAAUCCCUUCUCGACACCCUAUACUGCUCCGAAGAGCAUUGGGAGGAAAACGUCGGGGAAGAUGAAUUAGACCAGGCAGAGGAUGAUUACCCUACAGCUAACGAUAUUACUAAUAAUAACGCUACCAGUAGCACCACCCUAAUUAACUCCCUUCACUCCCCUCAUGCGUUGUUCGAAAGCGACAUGUUUUGUGACGAACAGGAGUUGACAUCGCUGCUGGGGAAAGAAAAACACAACCCUCUAACCACUUUCCUCCGAAGCAACCCUGCGCUCGAGUGUGCUCACAGGGAAGGCGUGGAAUGGAUGCUCAGAGUGAACGCUCACUACUCCUUCUCUGCUCUCACAGCUCUUCUUGCCGUCAACUACUUUGACCGCUUCCUCUCCACCUUCCGCUUUCAGGAUGGCAAGCCGUGGAUGACACAUCUCGCUGCCGUCGCUUGCCUCUCCCUCGCUGCCAAAGUGGAGGAGACACAAGUUCCCCUUCUCCUAGACCUUCAGGUGGAAGAGGGUAGAUACUUGUUCGAAGCCAAAACGAUUAAAAGGAUGGAAAUUUUGGUCCUUUCCACUCUUGGAUGGAAGAUGAACCCGCCUACCCCUCUCUCCUUUCUUGAUUACAUCACAAGAAGACUUGGAUUGAAGGAUAAUCACUGCUGGGACUUCCUUAGGAAGUGCGAAGGCGUUCUUGUCUCUGUCCUCGGAGAUUGGAGAUUAAUGGGCUAUCUACCGUCUGAACUGGCAAGUGCGACGAUGAUACACGUAGUGAAAAGCGUGGAGCCUUGUCUAGAAGGCGAAUACCAGAGACAACUCUUGGGUAUUCUAAGAUUCGACAAGGAGAAGGUGAAUGAGUGUGGGAAAGUGUUGGAAUUGUGGUCAGGAUACGAGAAGCAGGGGAGACAAUGCAUGAAAAGGAAAUUUGGAAGCGUUCCGGGAAGUCCAAACGGCGUGAUGGAGAUGUCGUUUAGCUGUGAUAGCUCGAACGAGGAGGUGUGGAGAGUAGUUGCCGGUGGUUCGGUGUGUUGUUCGCCGAAGAAGAGUAGAAGUGAAGUAAAGCGAUAAAGGAAAAUGUUGUGGGCAGCCAUUAAUUUCAACUACCCUCUCACUCCUAAUGGAAACAUAUAUAGUCUUUCCCUGCUUUAAUAACUGCGUAUCUUUCUCUUUCUCUUUUUGACCACCAAGUUAAAUUGCCAACCAUCUCUGCCUCGCACUACUUCCAUUCACCCCUCAUUUACUGAUCGGAUUAUAGAUUUAGACCUUCCACGCAACCUCACAUCCCUCUUCCUGUCUAGGACUGCAACCAGAUAUUGUUGGCAUUUUAUGAAGAACUAUUUUAUAUAAUUCAUUACUAUUAAUAAUAUACUAA